AUGGAAGACAGAGUACUCGAAAGGUUCGAAAAAUUGAAUAACAUAUCAGUGAACAUAUACUCAUACGAUGAAAAGACUAACAUAUACCCCUUAAGAAUAACUAAGCAUAAAGUAGAUAAGCAUGUCAAUUUACUUUACAUAAGAAACGAGAAAGGGAACAGUCAUUACUGUUGGAUAAAAGACAUGUCCAAAUUAAUAUGUGGGCAAUUAACCAAGCAUAAUGGAAGAGUAUACCCAUGUGAAAGGUGCCUGUUAUUUUUUCACUCUGAGGAAGAUCUUCAAACGCAUGAAAAGGAUUGUAAGAAAAAUCAGGCUGUUAAAAUAGUAAUGCCUGAAAAAGAUUCAAAAUUAAAGUUCAAACAUUACCAUAAAUCGCUACGAGCACCUUUUGUAAUGUAUGCAGAUUUUGAAAGUUUAACAACUAAGAUAGAUACAUGUCAGCCAGAUCCCAAGAGCUCUUACAUGCAGAAGUACCAAAAACAUGAACCCAUGAGUUUCUCACUUUACAUUAAAUAUAAGCACGGAGACUACAAACCGCCUAUCACAUAUAGAGGUCCAAAUGCAACUAAAGUAUUUUACGAAACGUUGAAAGCUGAGGCCUUAGAGAUAAAGAAAAUUUAUGAUAAGAAGCACCCAAUCAAAAUUACUGAUGAAGAUGACAGGCAUUUCAAGAGAACCCAUAUAUGUCAUAUCUGCGGGUUUAACAUCAAAGAAGUACCAUCACCAUAUUCGCCGAAAGACUCUGAGGACUUCCAAAAAAUAAUGGAUCAUGACCAUUUACUCGAUCCAUCCAAACAUGAAUCAAACUAUAGAGGGCCAGCUCAUAAAUUAUGUAACUUAAUGUACCAAUACCCUUCCCUCAUUCCUGUCUUCAUUCACAACUUAUCUGGCAAAGAGGUUGGAGCGGAAUGGGUAGAUGCAGGUGAUGGUAAAAAGGUCAAGCUACCCGGAAUAAAGUUGAGGUUUCUGGAUUCUUUUAAGUUCAUGGCUAGCAGCAUUGAUAGUUUAGCCAAAAAUGUGAAAGAAUUCAGAGAAACAGCCAAAUUCUUUCCCAAGGACAAAUUGGACCUCGUUACCAGAAAAGGCGUGUAUCCGUAUGAUUAUAUGGACUCGUGGGAUAAAUGUGACGAAACACGACUACCCAACAAAAAAGAAUUUUACAACAAAAUGACUGAGUCGGAUAUAUCACACGAGGACUAUGCACAUGCCAAAACAGUAUGGAAGACCUUCAACAUUAAAAAUUUAGGUGAGUAUUCUGAUUUGUAUGUGAAGACUGAUGUACUGAUCUUAGCUGAUAUUAUGGAACAUUUUAGAGAUGUCUGCAUAAGGACUUACAAAUUGGAUCCUGCAUGGUACUUCACUGCACCACGGCACCCGGUCUCUCUUGGGAUGCUAUGUUAA